AUGACUUCUUUUGAACCCAUUUAUUAUACCUAUGUGCCCACUGCUCUGCGUUCCAGGAGGGCAACCACUCAGAAGCAUAGCUCUCCCGCCGAGGAGCAGCAUAUUGUACCAGAUCGAAGAUUAUUUGGCGAUACUCAAAGAUCAAAUGAUGGUAAUGUUUCAAGCUCAGAACUUCAAGAGAAUAAUAAUACAGAAAACUUUGUCGAUAAUGACUACAAUAUCGAUCUCCCUACAUCAUGUAGCAUAUCACAAAUGAAUACAGGAGAGGAUUCAAGUUUGGAAAACAAAAUUUGGGAGGAUAAGAUAGCUUCGCCAAGAAUAUAUGAUGGCGAUUCUUCAUCAAUUGAGACAGUCCUUGAUCCUCGUUUGUACCAGGAGACCUUGAUAGAAGGAUUACAAAAGGGUUAUGACACUCAAGGUAUGGAUACUCUUGAUUACGAUAAUAAAGCAAUCUCCUGA